AUGGACUCUCCGCUUACGCAGCAGGCCCGACCGGAGACAUUUGAGCCGAAAGUAGUGGGGCUAUAUCGCAGGCUAUUUCGCGAAGUCGGAGAUGAGGAGCACGAGGAAUCCUUUUGGAGUACUCUGUUCUUGCUCAAGCCCGACGUCACCGCUCUGCAAGACAUUCUCGACAACACCGACGCCGAAUACUUGCUGCACCUCCAACACACCCCACAGCAAUUGUUCAUCCAAGCGUUGGUCCGGGUGAAAGCUGGUAUUGCACCGGCUGACGAACAUGCUCUUGAUACCUUGACAGUAUUCUUCCAAAAAAUAUUGGCAAAAAAGUUCACCAACCCGAGUUCCGAUGUCAUUGAAGUGCUCGCGGGGCUAGACAAUGUUGACGCCGUCUUCUUCGAUCUGGUCGAUAGUCUGGAUCAGGUUGUAAAGGAUGGAAGAUCCAUCGAGUACCGCCAGAAAGCGGUUCGGACUGCCAUUGCCGUCGUGUCGGGAGGCUAUCAGACUGCCAUYGUGUCUUACUUUGUCCAUCGAGACUUCUUCCCUGCGUUGAUGAAGCUUGUACAUCAACUGGAAAGCCCUCUUCAAGCCUCGGAKCCAUUUCUACUAACCGGAUUGCUCGCCAAUUACAACAAGUUUGAAAGCCACAACCAAUACCGCGUGCGACUCGCCGACUUUGUUAACGAGGAGACUAUGACUAAGGUUGUGGAGAGCAUAGCAUGGACGACCACCGUUCUACGUGAGCGGUAUAUUGCCAUUCAAGACGAUACACCAGUAGGAUGGAGCAUCGGCGGCACACUUUCGUACGUCGGACUGGGAUCUCUUGCAGGCGUGAAGAAGCCUGCAGCUCUUGUAUGGACCGAGGAUCAGCAAAAGGAGUUGUUUGCCGAACAACCCGGACAUGAAGCUGCCUCUCUCUUGWCAUUAUUCGACUUUGUUCUGGCCAACAAACUAUUCUCCCACCACUUUGUGAGCCUCGCCGCCAGCGAAAAAGGUCAAGCGCCAGCAUUUGGAAGCUUUCUGUCCUUUUCAUCCUACCUCUAUCAACACGCCCACAGAAGUUCUCGAGCAUCUCUGUACGCCUAUCUGACCCUGCUCAUCCUCAUCAACAUUGUGGAGGAUGCAACACUCUCCAAGCUUCUCUGCGAAACCAACGCGCAGGUCCGACUCUGUCGGCAGAGAUCUCCGCAGCUUCCUUUAACAAAAGGCGAGCGACCAUACAUGGCCACUUUGAUUGACCUGAUUGUCGAUGGCAUCAACCACAAUCUUCGCAAGAAGCUCGACACGAAAUUCUACCUGCAGAGUCUGAUGGUACUUUCACGCAUGCUCUCCUACCUGGCAAAGUCACACACCAAGUUGACAUACCACUGGGCCGAGCUAUGGCGGUCGCUGUUAUCCUUUGUCCGCUUCCUGACCACAUAUGUGGAUGAUUUGAAAUAUCUGUCCGGCAUCAACAAGCUCGCCGAAACUCUAGUCGAGCUUCUCACCAUCGCACUGACGAGCGGUGAAGCAUUCCUACCGGACGCCGCAUCGUACGACGACCUUUUCUACAAAUUGGUCGAGUCGGGCGAGGCACUCAUCAAAUUCCGCGACGUCUAUCACUUGAGCAAACCCGAGGAUAAAAGUCCCAUCAACACCUUGAUUGGGGUGUCGAAACACUACGAGGAGCUCAUCCAGGAACGGAAGAGCAAAGCCGCGCAUCUCACUCCCGCGGAGGUGUCUCAGAUCAUCAAACAGGGAUAUGAUACGCUGUCGAUUGAGACGAAGGAAGGGUUGGAUAAUGUGGAGAAGUUUAGGGAGGGUGAUCAUAAGACGGAGUUGAAGAAGAUUGCUAGAGCGGCUGUGGCGGAUGCUGCUGAGCUGAUCUCAUAG